AUGAAAUUCAUAAUUUUCUUUUGUGUUGUAGUUAUUACAUAUGGAGGAGUCGUGAUUCCCGAAGAUGAAGAGCUGUCAAAUCAAGCCAAGAGGAUUGUUGGUGGUAGUGAUACAACUAUUGGAAAACACCCUUGGCAAAUAUCUCUUCAGAGAGGAACCGGAAGUUCCUGGAGUCAUAGUUGUGGAGGAUCUAUCAUUGAUGACAAAUGGGUAGUAACAGCUGCGCAUUGUGUUGAAGGAAGUUCGGCGAACUCAUUACGAGUAGCUGCUGGUUCAACAAUAUGGAGUGAAGAUGUUCAGACAAGAACGUUGAAAGAUUUUACAAUUCAUCCUGAUUAUGAUGGCUCGGCAAGUGGUUAUCCGAAUGAUAUUGCUGUAAUGGAGCUGGAAUCGCCAUUAGAAUUCAAUGAAAAUGUUGACAAAGUUGAUAUGGCGGAAGAAGAGGGUGAUUUUGCUGGUGUGGAAUGCGUUAUAUCAGGAUGGGGACAAACAGGGAGCGGUAGUAUACCAGACAAUCUUCAAGACGUUAGCAUGACUGUUUUGUCUAAUUCCGAUUGCUCAGCCAUCUGGACUGGUUCCAUAAAUGAUGGUCAUAUAUGCAUAGGAAGUGACACUGAUAUAUCAGAUGGCAGAUCUGCCUGCUUUGGAGACAGCGGAGGUCCAAUGAUUUGCCAGUCUAAACUUGCUGGAGCGACGUCAUGGGGAAGCGGAUCAUGUUCCGGUAAACCUACUGUAUAUACGAGAGUUUCCCAAUUCCGAAAAUGGAUACGGGACCAGACAGGAAUUUAA